CAUCAACGUUGAUUUUUAAACUAAAUCAUCAUAUGCAUGUAACUGCAUGUUGAUUUAAGCUGAAUGCACAGUGCAUAAACAGAGCUUCGUUCCGUGACGAGUCAGGCCAAUCGUAGGUUAGUUGCCGAGUGUCUUUCGAACGGAAUGUACGUAACACUACGGAAAGAGGUGCCCUCCCUCUUGUAGUGACACUUCGGGUGAAAUCUUCGUGUCCGCGCGGUGUCUUCGAUCGGUGAUUGGACGUUGGAAAAUGCGACACAGUCGCAACGACGAAUCACGGUGAGGUAUCUUCUACGCAGUAGGAUGAAAGCAACGGUGUGUACUAAACGUUUAAAGAACGUCGCGCGAGGGAUGUGAAAAGUGUUUUUUUCACAACCUGUGACUAAACUGGCCUGUUUUUUUUUUCACCCCCCGUCUUGUUACGUCUCGUCGGAUGCGUCGGGCGCUCAGCUGUGGCAUGGGUAUGCGACGACGGAAGAUGUUUUGGUAGUAGAGAGAUUCUGUGCACGAGACAUUCCAGCCGAGAUACGAGCUGUCAUCUCGUUCGAAGACCGAGACAGGCUUCGUUACGUGCAUCGAGGCGGCGAAACAAGGGACUUAUGAUGGGGACAGGCCUCGAGAUAUCCCACGUCGAAGCAAUCGCGAAUGUUUAAUCGCGACGUUGGGAUUCAAAAGAAAGGAGAGACCACGCUGCCCGAGAAACGCAGAGUCAGAGCCGACGUUCCACCAAAAUGGGAAAUUGCUUGAAACGCGCUGGAAGCGGUCAACAGGACAAUACCACUUUGCUGAGUAAUAAUUCUGAUCCUCCUACGUUAACUAGCGGCUCUUUGCAAGAAGGCCUUGGACCUCCGAUACCUAACAAUGAAGCAGUUACCUUUUCAUAUGCGCCAGUUUUCACAAGAGAACUUCACCUUCAACAAAUUGGCAUCGGUGUUAAUCUAGGACCAGGUACUGAAGAAGAACAACAAGUUAGAAUAGCAAAACGCAUUGGACUUAUUCAACAUUUGCCUAUGAGAGAGUACGACGGAACUAAGAAAGGAGAAUGCGUGAUAUGUAUGAUGGAGCUCCAAGUGGGUGAAGAAGUGCGUUAUUUACCCUGUAUGCACACGUAUCAUGCUGUAUGUAUCGACGAUUGGUUGCUGCGUUCCUUGACAUGUCCAUCGUGCAUGGAGCCAGUAGAUGCAGCAUUGAUUAGUUCAUAUCAUCCAACCACUUAACACCAUGGAAGUGGAAAAUGGAAUAGCUAAUCGGUAAUCAAACAAUAUUAUUGUGCUGAACAGAACAAUUGAAAAAAAAAUCCGUUAAUUUUAUUACUACAUAUAAUGGCUUCUAACUAGCAAAGGGGCCUUUUCUUGUUAAUGGUCGAUUGUAUUUGCCAUUGUAUUCAACAUACCUGCUCGCAUGCUAAGUAAUAAUAAUACUUGUAUUAUAAAGAGUUACAAAUGUCUUCUACAUAGGUCAUUCCCUCUUACAGGGUAAUGUUCUGCACGUGGAUCAUUGAAAAAAAGUAAAGUGUAUUUACGAUCAAAAAGUAAUCGCCAUAGUUCUUAAUUUUCUGCUAAAUCCAACGUAGCUUUUUUCCUAUGGCUGCAAAAGAUCUCUCUGUUUUACGCUCGAGUAAAUGGAGCAACCAAAAUACGUAAGAUCUUGCUGAAAAUAUUUUGAGUUGAACGAAGAGUAGCAUCUAUUUGACUUUGAUGAUUCGGUCAAGUAGUCAUAGACAAUUGUAUGCAUUGUGAAUAUCAUAAGUAAUAUGUACCAGAAAAAAAUAUUAUACUAUGUAUAUUUUCAACCAUAUUUACGAUGGUUUCAUAUUUCCAAAUACUGAAAACCUAUUUUCGGAACAUAUUUUGUGGCAUAUAAAAUUAAUCUUAUUAUUUUUAAAUAUAAUAUCUCUUAUUUUGAUGUGACCUGGUCUUAGGAUGUGAAUCUCUGAUGAAAAUAGUGCGUAUUGUAGCUGAAGAAAUUGUAAAACAAAAAGUAUUUGCUUCUUAUCUGUAUUUCAAAUUAUUUUACAUAAAAAACGAGCUGUUUGGAUUUUAUGUUUACUGUACUAUCCACUGGAUAUCAUUUAGUAUGUUCUUAUGUGGACAUAGUUGUUAUAUUACAUUCAAAUUAUUAAAAGCUUAUGUUAAUUAGGCUCUGUUGGCAAAAUUUUUAUACGACAUAGCGAGCAUUAUACAUAUUAGUAUUGGUGCUUUUGUCAUAAGCAAUGACAAUGCAAUUAUCAACGUCUUGUUCAGUUAAUUAAACGUUUUAUCACUGACCUUCAUUGCUGUCAGUGAUCAUACAAUUGUAGUAGAUAUCUACGCAUAAGAAAUUCAUUCUUUAUUUUUAUAAAAAAUGUUCAAGGAUAUACAUUUUGGGACUCUGUUGAAUUAUUAUAAAAUUCAAAAUACAAUUUCAACUACAAAUGGAAGAACGUAAUUUGUAUGAACUACUUUAAACUUGAUCUAUUCCAGUUCGAUAUAAUCGUAACUUGAGCAAAAUAAUUGCACGGUUAUUUAAUUCAAAUUUCCACGUGGGCUUAAAGCCCGUAAAUAAAAUUUUCGUGAUGAAAU